AUGGACUAAGAAGCAUUGAUGAAAAUCCUCCAAAAUUUGAUGAAGGAUUAGGGGGAAAUUAAAAUUGGAAAUUUUGUUAUAUAGCAAUAAGAACCUAAAAGAAAUAAUACGACUAUGAUUUCACACAACAAAGUUGAUAUUCCACAAAUCAGCAAAAGCUAAUAAGACAUAGAUUACAUAACACCGAAGCCAAAUGAUUUUGUGAACGACCUGUUCUUCGAUGAACCAUUGCCAGAUUUGGAUUAAUUCAUUGAACAGGAAGUUGUAUCAAAUAUUACAAUCGAUUCAUAAACAAAGCCCAACAACGUUUAAAAAUAGUUGUUCUCUAAAACCUAUUAAAUGAUAGACAAAUUCAGUCCAAACCUCAAGGAAGAAUUCGAAAGUGCAUUGGAGUAUGAUUUUGAAUAAUUACUCAAACCGAAAACAUCAGAAUGUUCUUCUGACACCAUGACUACCAUUACAGAUACCACAUCCAGUGACCCUUUACGAACUUUCCUCAUGUCUCUGAUUCCCUUGAAAUCUUCCCUCUCUCCCACAAAACAAACUUAGAUUGAUUUUUUAUUUUUGUACUCCCAACCACUCCUACAAAUCACCAAUAAUUCCACCAAGAAAGUGUUGUAGAAAUUGGAAAUAAACAAGGAGUUGAAUUCAAUCAAAGAAGUAUUUAUAGAUGUCAAAGCAGAAAUCAAAUUUAUGUCAACUCCAGCAAGAAUGGAUAGAUUUGGAGAAGCCCUCGAUCUGAACCCAAAAGCAUUGCAUUACGCAGGACAUGGAAUCUACAUGGAAUCAAAUCAAUAGUCCUACCUCUUAUUUGAGUAAUUGCAUGGAGUAGCGCAAUUAGUUUCAGCAAAUCAAAUCCUCUUGUGCCUCCAAAAACUCAAAUCUCCAAUCCUCUUUGUAUUUGUAGCCAGCUGUCAUUCCAAACUCAUAGGCGAAGUCUUCCAUUAGGCAGGAGCUGAACAUGUUAUUUGUGUACAUACAAAGGAACAAAUAAUGGAUGAAGCCUGCUGUGUCUUUGCGAGGUCAUUCUAUCAUGGCUUAAUCAAAGGACAAUAGACCGUGUGUUAAGCCUUUCUAGCUGCCAAAACCUAAGUCAAAGUUGAAGGGAGAUUCCCUUUUGCUGAGGAAAAUAAAUUCCUUUUGCUUACAAAGUAACAUCAUCAAUGUUCUACAUGGUUAUUGAGAGAAGGGGAGUUUAAGGAUCUCACUCCUCAAUAGAACUAAAAUAAUCUCCCUUCUCUUGUAUCCAAUUUCACUGGAAGAUCUUAACAGAUGUAAGAAGUCAUUGAUAAAAUCAUUUAAAAUCAACUUAUUAAUAUCAAAGGAGUUUUAGGAAUCGGUAAAAGUGCUUUAAUUAAGGAAAUUAGUAUUUAUAUAGCAUAAAGGAAUAUUUUCAAAAAUGGAGUUGUUUACAUCUAACUAAAUUAAUGUGAUAGUUUUGAUAGUGUAGCUAGUAGAUUCGCUUAAAUCUUCAUGCCAAAUUUAGCAUUGUAGAGUAAUUAUGAAAUUAAAUAAUUGAUGGUUACUUAAAUCAUUUAAACAAUUAAAAAUUAGGAAUUCCUUCUCAUCCUUGAUAAUUGUGAUCUAAUUAUGCAUUCUAACGAUCGGGAUGUAUUUGUGGAUUUUCUUGAAUUAAUUUUGGCAAAUUGUAAAUGUCAUUUAUGUAUCACAAAUAGAAGUGAAAUUCUUUAAUAAGGAAGAGUAAUCAAGAUUGAAGGAUUGCCUCAAGAAGAAAGUGCUUAAUUAUUCAUUAAUUCAUCCUCUCGAGAAAUUACUAUUUAGGAAGUCGAAGAAUUGUUAGGUUGCAAUGAUCUACUAAAUAAAUAUACUUUGAAUGAUAAAUUAUUGAUCUCGAAAUUCUCCAAUCAUGCUUUGUUUCAAAUUUUAGACGGCCAUCCUCAAGGUAUAAUCUUAUCUUCAGGACUAUUGGAGAAUUAUACUCUAAAAGAAUUAUACUAAUAAUUAUCAUAUAAAUAGUUGAUGGACUUACCUAUUUCAAGUAGAGUGACUGAAGAGGAAAGAAGAUCAUUGAGAGUGGCAUUGAAUUUAAGUUGGGCUAACUUAGUGGAAAGAUAUGAGAAGGCAGCAAUCUUUUUUGGUAUGUUAGGAUUAUUACCUUGUGGAAUUUAUAAUGAUGAAUUAAACGAUGUUUGGGGUCCAGGAUGGGAAAAGUUGGCAACUCAAUUGAUUAAGAGCUCGUUGUUAUUGCAAGCAAAGAAAAAUACCAAAACUCAUUAUUGUUUAUAUAAUUUCACGGUUAAAUUUGCAGAAAGUAAAUUGGACUAAAAAUGGAAAAGGAUUUAUCAUCAUAAUAUUGUUAAAUUGUUACUAAAAAAGUCAUAUACGUAUUAUAAUUAAAUAGGUACAUAAGCACACGACAUUAACAACCAACCAAAUGAUGAAUUCUUGGCAAUUGAAUAAAAUAUAAAGAAUGCUAUCUUCAGAGAAUUCGAGGUCAUAUCUAAUGGUUAAUUUGAGAUUGAACCUUUAAAAUAAGAAAAAAAAGACGAUGAAAACGAUGAUGAAACAUUCAAUCUCCCUUUAACCAAAGAAAACUUGGAAAUGAUGCAAAAGAAAUACGAAAACAAUAGUCAAAAAUCCCAUCUAAGUUCCAAAGUUGGUUUCACUGGUUCUGUUAUAUCCAGCUUUAAAUAUGAUUAAAUCUCUGAUGAUUAUAUGACUAAUGGUCCAAAAAGAAAAUCUUUUUCCAUUGCCAAAGUUGGUGUUACAAUUAGUGAAGAGGAUGAAUUAUAAUCUAAUAAGGAUUAUUCGGAUAAUGGAAUGAGCAUCAAUUAUGUUGAAUCAAAACUCUUUAAGAUCAACUCCAACAAUGUUAAACCUGAUCUAAUAGAUGACUCUAGCAAUCCUUAAGAAUCCUAAAACCAAUAAAUAUUUUAAUAAUCUCAAAUACCUUAAGCUAUUCAAAGUGAUUAAACUUAAGUCCAGAAAGCAAUCGAUCCUAAAUUUAUUAAAUCUUCUCCUAAUCCCAAUCCCUUAACUCAGAGAGUUACUUUUCUAGAUUAACAAAUUAAACCUAUUACUUAAGAUGUGAAAAAGUAAAAAUACGAUGAUGAUGAGAAGCAACACCAACCUUUAUCUAAAAGAUAAAUCAUUCCUAAAAUGGGAGACAGAGCCAAAUCAGGCAAGGCCAAAGAAGAAUCUACUUCAUCGGCUCAAUAACCAAAUAAAAAAGAUAAAAUUCAGAAACUAAUCUUGUAUUAUUGUUAAAUCUUAUUACUUCAAAGAAGAUAUAAUGAAUGUCUUAAAUUUAUUAAUUGGGCAUAUUAAUAUUUUUAUGGAGAUUUAUUAUUCACUGCCAAUAUUAUCAAAACGAAAGCAUGUGUGUACUAUAUGCUUAAGGAACCUAAGAAAUCACAAUAAGCAUUUAAAUAGGCCAAGGAGAUGUUCAUUAAAAAGGGUUGUACUUUAGGUGUGGCAUGUUGUGAAGCUGCUAGUGGUUACAUUUCACUCUAAGAACGAAGUUUACUCUAGGCCAAAAUUAAUUUUGAAAAUGCCCUUUAGUUUUAUGAAUAAUUGAAUCAUGAUUUUGGAAAACACUUUUUAAAUAGAUGGCUACUCUUAGUAAAAAAUAAAAUUUCAAGUCUCAAAAAUGAUAGGGCCAAACACAUAUAAUAGGAAAAGAUGUUGAUAGAAAAUCUUAAACAAGAAUUCAAAAAGGGAAUUAAAGUUGAUAAUCUCAUCUAAAAAAAACAUAAAGGAGGAGUCUUUAUCUUAAGAUGGUUAGGUGAUACAUUAUCCAUAUUUAUGGAGAUAGCCACUAUUGAAGAUUCAAAAUAAAAAGAUAUUAUGAGCAUUCUGAGAGUUGUUGAAUAAAAUCCUAUUACUAAUUAUAAAAAAAAUACAAAAAAAAUAGAUGACAUUGAAGUCAAACCCUCAACUGGGGGUAAUGCAAAACCAACUAGUUCAAGUAGCAGUACAGCCACUUUGAAAAGAUUUAAUAAAACUCAGAAACCUCCUAUUUACAAAUAGCUAAAUGAAAUUGUAGAAAAUGCAUAAUAAGAAGAGGAUCCUACAAAUACAUCCUUACAAUAAUUACAGAAAUAAUAAUAGUAGUAAUAAGCAUCAAAAAUCUCUAUAAAGAAAAAUGUACAGAUAUAGAUGAUGCCUUGUCAAAAGAAGACAACCAUAAAUAAAUGA